AUGACCAAGGCAGCUACCAUCAUGAUGCCUCUUCCUGAAAAGGUCGAUCUGAACUUUGACUUCACGCUUUCGAGCUCAAGCUCAAGUUCUCGCAACACCGUCGCCAUUUCCGCCCAAGACUUGCCAGUCUUCAACACGGAUCCCAAUCAGUCAACAUGGCUUCCCUCCAGUUCCUCGAGCCUGCCGGCACAACCUGCGCCACAACAGCAUUUGCAACCGUUCCAACAGGACUUCGUUCUGUUCGAUCAGCCGAUCAAGCAAACCCGUCAACCUAACCGCUCUGUCUCUCAACCUUCCGCCAUCGGAGGUGUAAUAUCUCAAGAACAGCAACAACAUCGUCAUCAGCAGCAGUAUCGACAACAGCCUUCUCCGGCGUCUCUGCAAAACCACCGAGUUGCUAGCAUCAUCCAGGCUACAGGGCACACACCGUCUUCUUCGGCCUUCACCAAUCGGUUUAGCUCUCCUGUGCAGAACCCUCACCAGUUCUACGCUUCGUCCGCGCCAUCAUCUUCCGUUGCUUUGAACAGGCAAAACCGUCCCGCUCGGCCGCCAGUUCCACUUUUUUCACAUAGCACCGGUAGCAUACCGCAAGGCAAUAUGAACCUCCAAGGUUGGUUACCGAUCCAUCAUCUCCAGUCUGCAACUGGAAGCUCACAAAGCCCAUCAGACCUAGACUUGGAAGAUUUCACUGCCUUUGAGGGUGGCGCUUCCACGGCGUAUUCAUCGCCCGCCAUUUCAACUGCUUUCGACUUCAGCGCCAGUGGUUCCAGCUCGGCCUCCAACAUGGGCACCGUCUCUCCGCAGGAUCUUUUGAUCCAGGAGCCGUUCAUGUCGGCGCCAAACUCCUCUGCCCUCACUGCUCUGACUUCGCCGUCAAUCUACAACGAGUCACCCGAAUUUCAUGACAGCUAUGACGUCUCGCCCAAUUUCAGUAACAGCGAUUUUGAUGCAUCUGCUGCUGAUGUUUGGUACCCGCUUUUCCCUCCGGAGAACAAGGCGACUCAGCAGCGGACGGCUGCCAGUGAGAGCUCUCCUGCUGAGAAGUCGGAGGAUCUCGAGUCCUCGGAAUCUGGGACCUCUCAUCGCCGCCGGAAGUCGGGCCACAAUUCCCCCGGCAACUCUGGCCGUCACUCGUCCGUGUCCGGUGUCAACUCGCGAAAGCGUGACAAGCCCUUGCCUCCUAUCAUCAUCGAGGAUCCCAAUGACACCGUUGCCAUGAAGCGUGCCCGCAACACCCUUGCAGCUCGCAAGUCUCGUGAGCGAAAGGCCCAGCGAUUCGAGGAACUGGAGGAGAAGAUUGCCAAGCUGGAAGCAGAGCGUGACCAUUGGAGGAAGAUCGCAAUGGCCCAGUCUAAUGGUGGACAAUAA